CUGUACAAUACGCCUACCCUAAGUUGCCCGUUGCCUUUGUUUAUUCAAAUGAACACUUGCGCUGGCUCUUCUCGGAAGCUCCGCCGAGUUCUGUUGAACUUUUGUAUAAUAAUUAUCGUCUGCCCGCGGUAUCGGACGGUGGAAAAGUCACGCUGGUAUACCUUCUGCAGCUGACGUGCGAUCAUGGUCCUACCGGCCCUGUACGCCGCGCUCCGCGUUUACGCGCCGUACAUCACCUUCCCGGUGGCUGUCAUCGUCGGCGUCAUCGGCUACAACCUUGAGGGCCUCAUCUCUGACCGACGCACGCCCAACAAGAAGACGAGCGUCGAUGAAGAGCGCAAGGAGCGACUGCUACACGAGUUGGACUCGCAGCAGGAUGUGACGCAAGUUGACAGGCUGAAAGACAAAAGCUUUGUACCUAAAACGGUGCUAGAAAGGAACGUCUCACCGUCGCUCAAAACACUGGACACGUGAUUACUGGUACCAGUGGCCAGUGUAGGACCCACAGAGACUUGGUUUUCUUCGUUUUAGUCAAUGGUUGGGCGAAAGUUUGGUCAGAACGAAUCUUAGUAAUGUGAAUGCGUUGUUACUAUAAGUGUAGGGAUGAAAAAAAAAGGUGACUUCUCAGAUCUUACAGCCGAGGUUACCACUUAAAAUUGCUUGAUCAGAAACUUUAAAAAACAUAUAGAAGCAUUGCUGACGACCAAUUGCCUAGGAAUGGAAAUUGUUUCGGGCCUUGAGUGCCAUGCCUGGGCUUGGCAAAACACGUAGAAGGCGGGAGAUGGAAAUUCAAGACAAUGGGAAAAACGAGAACAAGGUAAAAGCGGGAGCCGACGUUUCGACAAGCUGUCCACUUGUAGAAACAUUGGCUCCCGCUUUUACCUUGUUCUCAUUUUGCUCAUGCCUGGGCUUGGUCACUUGUAGCUAUGUCAAGAGCCCAUGACCAGUGAGCGAACCUGCAUGUCCAGCACUGCAAGAGAGGGCACGGCAGUUUCUUUUUAGGGUCUUAUUCUUGCAAUAGAACGCACAAAUGAUGGAAUACACCUCCAGUAGAAUGUGAUAUAAAACAUAAACAGUGUAUAAGAGUUCUCUCAGGCAAUAAGCCUUUCAUAUAACCUUUUUUGAUAAAUAUGCUCUUCUACGUUUAUGAGGGCACAAGGUGUUUAUGCAGUCUUUUUUUCUUUCUUUAGAUGUGCUGAAACAGAAUGCAGUGGUUUGCUGCAUUAUGAAUUGCCAUACAUAUGUGAAUGCAACCAAAAAAGAAAAGGUUGGAAAGUUUGGAAACACAUUGCUGUUAUGCAGGUGUGGCCCAUACAGCAAUGGUCAUUGAAAGUUAAUAGUUGCUUAUCUUGCCAAAGUCAUUUACUGAAUAUGAGUGUUACCUUCCAUGGUGACUGUUGCAGUCAGUCUGUUGUUGAGUGGUUAUGAUACCUGGCUACAAUUGGUUUAACAUAAAAACGCCCAUGUGCCUAGCAUUAGUGGGUGCACAGUAAUGUUGUACUGAUGUGAUGUUUUUUACUCAUCAUGUUCUUGCAUUAAAUGAAAGUCUGAGCCUUAGAAAAGAUACUGGAAAGCAUUGGAUAGCCCUAAAUAACUUACUGUAAUAGUUGUCUGUGAGCCAGAUUAUGUGUUUAGAAGGUGGAGGCAUCAUGAUUUCACAAUACACUGGCUCACGCUGUUCCUGUCAUCACUGUGGCUGCCACACGCAGUCAGAAUGUGUCCAACACGCUUGUCUUCUUAUGCAAGUGCUGUCGUCAUGUGUAGUCUUGUUGCUACGCAACUUUAGCAAAUUUGCUUUAUGUCAUGACUUCAUGAUAAUGUUGUCGCUAGGUCCAGUGUUUCCCGAUCAACUUUGGUAAUAAAUUAAAAUGGCUUAUAUUUUCUAAUCUUCA